AUGACCAAUUGGACGUCGAGCAGACCCGCCCUCGAGUACCAGGCUCGGGAUCGCGCAUCGAGAAACGUGGCCCAGAUUAUCAGCUCUUUGUCCAGCCAUGACAGGCACGACCCCAUCCAUUCCAUAUACCAAGUCGACUAUACCCCAAAAGCCGGAGCAGACAGAUGGCUCGAUCGACGGAUUCGGCAGAAUCUAUCCUCAAUUGCCAAGUCUGUAGGGCCUUCACAUGCGGACAACGAUGCCUUCUAUCGUAAUGUGGAAAUGAUGGCCUAUCAGGACAGCCGGGACUCAGUAUUCAACCUUACAGGCCUCCGUGAAGCGGAUGAGAUUUGA